AUGCUUGUUUCCAGAACCCCCCCAGCCCUGGGUGGGGUGUGUCUCAGGAUCUUAACAUCCCUGCUGCUUCUGGCUUCUGCUGCCAUGGUCAAUGCUACCAGGACACCUGCUCCUCCAGCCUGUGGGAAGCCCCAGCAGCUGAACCGGAUUGUGGGUGGCGAGGACAGCGCAGACGCCGAGUGGCCCUGGGUUGUGAGCAUCCAGAAGAACGGGACCCACCACUGUGCAGGCUCCCUGCUCACCAGGCGCUGGGUGGUCACCGCCGCCCACUGCUUCAAGGGCACUCUGAACAAGCCAUCCCAGUUCUCUGUGCUGCUGGGUGCCUGGCAGCUGGGGAAUCCUGGCCCAAGGUCCCAGGAGGUGGGUAUUGCGUGGGUGCAUGCCCACCCCGUGUAUUCCUGGAAGGAGGGCUCCCGCGCAGACAUCGCCCUGGUGCGCCUCGAGCACUCCAUCCAGUUUUCUGAGCGAAUCCUGCCCAUCUGCCUGCCUGAUUCCUCCAUUCAUCUCCCGCCGAACACCAACUGCUGGAUUGCAGGCUGGGGGAGUGUCCAUGAUGGAGUGCCCCUGCCCCACCCUCAGACCCUACAGAAGCUGAAGGUUCCCAUCAUUGACUCGGAAAUCUGCGGUCGCCUGUACUGGCGGGGAGCUGGGCAAGAAGCCAUCACCGAGGACAUGCUGUGUGCUGGCUACCUAGAGGGGGAGCGUGAUGCCUGCCUGGGCGACUCCGGAGGCCCCCUGAUGUGCCAGGUCGAGGGCUCCUGGCUGCUGGCCGGCAUCAUCAGCUGGGGCGAGGGCUGUGCGGAGCGCAACCGGCCCGGUGUCUACAUCAGCCUGACCGCCCACCGCUCCUGGGUGCAGAGGAUCGUGCAAGGGGUGCAGUUCCGCGGGCAGUCGCAGGGGGUCGGGCCGUCUGGAUUAGGAAUCCGGGGGCGCGGGGCGGCAGCCUAG